ACUGGCACAAGGGACACGUUUGGCGUUGCUGGAGCAGCCUCACUACACGAGAGCGUUCCUCUGUGUCUGCAUCCAUGAGUCUCAUUUUCCAGGCUGCCUGCUUCGUGACCGUCUGUGUCCAAUGGCUGACUUCGUCGCCACUGGAAUUCACCACAGGGGAGUGGAAUCAAUCGACGACCGUGAGUCCGACUACAACAGCGCUGCCGAAGUCAACGACGAGAAACUUGAACGCUGACUUGGAAGGCGCAUUCAAUGCUCUUGAACCAAGACUCAGGCCCCUUCUCAAGUACAUCCACAAGCACCCGAUGGUCAGGACUGACUGCAAGCUGGGUCUUCUGAAGACGACGCUCGCGCUGAGAAAAGGCGAGAUGUGGGCGUUCAAACUGAUCACAGCAACAGGAUUCAUGCCCAACGGCGUUUACGAAGGUGGCUUCGCCAACUUCGGCAGUCAGGACCAGUGUCUCAGCGUGGAGGCUGACUCGGGCAUUCGGGGCAGGUACUGCACCCUCUUUUGGAGACCUCCGACCGAAGUUUCGCUGGCUGCAUUCACUAAAGAAGAAUUACGACAACACCCGAGACUGGACAUCCGACUGUGGCUGAACAACACACGAGAGCGCUUUCACAUUGGCAGCCGAUCGGGCAUCUGCAUCCCUUCGGUGUGUCAGCAGAAGGAAAUGAAUCACAUUGUUUCGGGCGUGGCUUCGGCGUAUGGUGCGGAGGCAUCCUUGCGGUACUGCCGAGUCAAAGAAACCGUCCGCCUGAAGACGCUAGAAGUUGGCAUCAUCUCAUUUUUUGGUGCUGUGCUUAUCGUGAUCAUCUUGAGCACGUGCGCUGACCUGUUGCUCACGCAAUACGAAAGAAAUCAUACCAAGAAACGGCUGGCGGGGCCCUGGAAGAAACUCGUGGUUGCCUACUCCGCAGUUUCAAAUACGAGGAAGCUCCUCGACGUUAGCGACAAGGGUGGAGACAGUCAGAGACUCAGGUUUCUCCACGGCAUGAAGUUCCUGAGUGCACUGUGGGUGAUCCUCUCCCAUGCUUAUUACUGCGUUCAUGCAGACGCCAUCGAUUCAGUGUUCAGAGCAGUGGAACUGACGGAAUCGCUUCGUUUUCAAGUGGUUGCGAACGGAUUCGUCUGUGUGUCUACAUUCAUCUUCGUCAGUGGGUUUCUCCUGGGUUAUACGCUUUUACAGAGACGUGACUCACUGCGGAAGAAGAACGCCUUCGUCCAGAUCAUAAUAAUCAUUGUUCGUCGCUACUUAAGGACGACGGUACCUGCUAUGGUGGUUGUUUUAGCGUUCUUUCUGUUACCAAAGUUAGCCCGCGGGCCACUGGCUGAAGAGCAUUUCUCGAAAUACUACAACGGCUGCUCAAAAAACUGGUGGACAGUGCUUCUUCACAUCAACAACUUCAACAAGUACGAAGAUAUAUGCUUGGACCACUACUGGUACAUCAGCGUGGACAUGCAGAUCUUCGUGGUGGCGUCUGCCGUGUGCGUGUUGAUGACAAGGCAUAUCAAAGUUGGGGGAAUCAUACUUGUGUUGCUGAGCAUAGCAGGAUCGGGAAUCGUGAUGGUGCAGACGUUCUACUACAACUAUCAACCAAUAAUACUCUUUUGGAAUCCCGACACGGAUAAAUCGACGGAAACGGGCGAAAUGGUGUAUUCGUUGCCCUUCGUUCACUUCGGAUCUUUUGUCAUCGGGAUCUUCUGUGGUUUAUGCACGUUGCGCAGUGAUCGGUGGCGUCCAAGUAAGUGUUCUCGGUGCCUGCUGUGGGCGCUGUCACUGUGCUGCACUACCGUGGUGGUGUUCGCCUCGUGGCCCUGGAACAACCUGAAUCUGCCGUCGAGGGGCGUGGCGGCGCUCUACGCGGCCCUGCACAAGAACGCCUGGGCGCUGUCCCUCGGGUGGAUCACCUACGCGUGUGCCACGGGACAAGCAGGCCCGGUGAACACGUUCUUGUCGUGGCGAGGAUUCGUGGUGCCCAGCCGACUGACUUACUCCGUCUACCUCAUCCACUACCUCGUCUACUUGGCGCGCGUGGGCGUGAUCACUGUGCCCAUGCAGCUCCACGAAUUCCUACAGUUCAAGGACUUCCUGGGCGUGUCUGCGAUCAGCUACCUCUGGGCCUACGUGCUCUACUUGGCAGCCGAAGCGCCCGUGGCGAACCUCGAGAAGAUGCUGCUCGGCCGGCGGGCAGCCUCGGACGACGACCGCACCGCCGCGAGUGAUGCACAGAAGAAAGCAGGCGUCACCUCGAGCUGUGCCGCCACGUGCGAGCAACAGAGCAAGCUCUAAUACAACUCUUUUUG